UCUGCCUUGGCCGUACUCCCAUGUUGUGUUUCUAUUAACUCUAGACGCCUUCCGCCUGUUUUCAAAGUAGCUACGUCAAGACACCCAAGCAGGCCCAGAAUAUAUAUCUGUGUCAUCGGGAACCUGCGCCAGUGAGAGUUUCACAGAAGACAGUCCACGAGCUGGUUUUGGGGAAGACUUGCUGCGUAAGCUUCCCUGAUGGUUGGCCAAGAAACUCUGACAGGGGUUGAUCGGAUGCUCCACCCGAGGACUUGGUUAAAAUAGAGUUGCCUGGACUCUUGGAAUAUAAAUCAGUGCACGACGACGAUUGAAGCCGUGAGAAUAAUACAGGCAACAGCAUUAACGCGGGAACAUUAGAACCAGGCUUUUCUUUUCAAUAUCUUCAUACCCAAUAUCCAUAUCAGUCAGUCUAAGAAGCCACCCUUCCAUUAAGUCCAGCAUAGUCACUGGGACGCGCAUCACCGCGGAGAGAUCCCCAGCGAGGGAAAGGGGAAACCAGGACCCCUCAACCCGGCAGGCACGCCACACGCAACCCCACAUCCCCGCCAUGUCCGCCACCACCAGCGUCCCCUCCAUCCCCGAGCUCUUCCAAAACAUCCUCACGCACCUCCCCGUCCCCGAACUCCUCCUCACCGUCCCCCUCGUCUCCCGCACCUGGCAACACGCCAUCCUCUCAUCCCCCCUCCUACAACAGCAACUCUUCCUCGCCCCCGCCCCAAUCACCACUCCCAGAACCGUCAAUCCGCGCGGCCAAGUUCCCCGCUCUUUUCGACAAUCCGCAUUUCGGGAAGCGGUAUGAUAUGCCGAGUAGCACACAGAGGGCGUAUGCGCCGUUCCGGUACAUGAUGAAUCGGUACAUGAGGCGAUAUGUGGUGAAGAUGGAGGAGGUGUGGGAGAUGGAGUGUUUUGCUAGUGAGGGGGCGAGGGAGGUGUAUUUUUACCCCGGGGCGAGCUGGCGCAGGAUGUUGGUCGUGCAGCCGCCUGUGUCGGCGACGGAUCCGCGGGAUGGGGUCGAGGCGGGAGGGGUGGGGAAGGAGGGUUUGACGAUUGGGGCUUUGUUUGAGGAGAUGGUGCAGGUGAUUUGUGCAAAUGCGAGGGCGAGCGUGGAGCCGGCGGUGGUGAGGAAUAGUCAGUGGAAGCAGGGGAGGGGGAUUGUGCUUGAUUGGGGGGAGCCGAUGGCGAGCGUGAUGCCGGUGUUUCGGGAGUUCUUUCAUAGUCGGUGGGAAAGGGAGGAGAAGAUGAGUAGGCUUAGCAUAGAGGGGAGUUCAAUAGGUGAAAUAAAUGAGAGGAGUUCAACUUGUCAUGAUACUCUGCGGUGGGUAUGUAUGUUAGUCGUUUACUUUGGGAAUAUUUCUUGGGGGUCUGAUAGAAUCUAAAGCGAGAAGAAUGUUUAGAGAUAAAUAAUGAGCU